AUGUUGGGGCACCAAAUUAGAUCCCACUUCGUUCUUGAUAAAGACAAACUUUUUGUGAAUCAUGGGUCCUACGGCUCUGUUCCAAAAGCUGUCUGGUCUAAAUAUCAGGAAAUGAUGCUCAAGGACCUAUCAUUCCCGGAUGAAUUCACCAUCAAAGAGCAGCAGGACUUGAUGAAAAGAUCUCUGAAAAUCUUGAGUGAAUUGGUGAACACAAGUUUUGAGAACCUCGCGCUGGUUCCCAAUGCCACCUCAGGCAUUACUGUUGUUCUUAGGUCUCUCGACCUCAAAAAAGAAGACAAGUUCCUCAUCCCGUCAACGAUAUAUGGGGCAUGUGCGAACAACAUCGACUAUUUGUCGAAGCGGAUUGGGUUCAGUGUGACAGUUUUGAAUCUUGAGUACCCUCUUGAAGAUGACGAGGUUAUUAGACUAUAUGAGGACGAGCUCAAAAGCGGUGAAUAUAAGUAUUGCUUUUUUGAUGCAGUUACCUCGAUGCCGGGAGUUAGAGUCCCCUAUGAAAAAUUGGUGCAGCUCUCUAGGAAAUAUGAGGCAAUGAGCAUCGUUGACGGUGCGCACUCAGUUGGCCUGAUCGAUCUGGAUCUGGAUGCCGUGAAGCCUGAUUUCUAUACAUCGAAUCUUCACAAAUGGCUGUUUUUGCCUCGAGGAGCAGCUUUCUUGUAUGUCGACCCUAAACAUCAAGACUCCAUUCAGCCUUUGCCUAUUAGUCACACCUAUAAAAACUCCAAGUUUUACCAGAGAUUCCUGUUUACUGCAAGCAAUAACUAUACGUCUUUCUUCUGCCUCGAGGAAGCACUCAAAUUCAGGCAAGAGGUAUGUGGUGGAGAGAAAAACAUUCAGGACUAUUGUUUCGGCUUGGCAAGGCAGGUGCUCAACACACUGGGUGGCCAGGAUAAAUUCGAAAACUCGACAGAAAGCCUGACUACAGCAAUGGUAAAUGUGAAGGUGGAUGUGUCCAACGAGUUGUUGCAACAUAUUAAAGACCACUUUCUUGAGUUCAAAGCAUAUACUGCCCACGGAAUGUUCGCGAAAGAUAGCUUUGUGCCAGUAGCAUAUACUGAAUCAUCCCUGUUUGUGAGGUACAGCUGCCAAGUUUACAACGAGCUGGAAGACUACAGAAUUGCACAUUCAAAAUUUCUUGAAGUGUUGAAAUCCUAUGAACAGACAGUUUUCACCAAAUGA